AUGGAAGUCGCUACACCGAGGAAACGUAGUCGACUACCCUCUGAUCCCUCAGCCUCGUCCUCGAAUGCCGCCGAGACGCCGCGGACGGCCAAUCGCGGAAAUCCAAAGGUCAGCCGGGCGUGUGACUUUUGUAAGUCGAGGAAGACCAAAUGCAGCGGCAACCAGCCCUGCGCCAGGUGCAAAGCCAGAGGAAAGCCGUGCCGGUACGACUCGGCGUACACCAGAGGGAGGCCCCCUACGCCGCCGCGAUCCGCGUCUCACCCGUAUCCUGAGGGAAGCCCGCUGGCGCCUCCGUCCGAGGAGGAGCUGGUGGUUUCGCAUAUCGACCCGCCGCUCCGGGUGAGCACUGCACCGUCUCGCGCGUCGCCAGAGCUCGGCAUGGCUGAGAUCGAGGGUCAGAUCCUGGAUCCUACGUCGAGCCCUACCUUUCUGCACCGUGCCUGGAAGAAGCUUCUGUCUCAGGGGACUGAGUCUUGGUCGGACAAUGCGAAGCGUGCGGCGGAGAGCCAGCCGCUCACGAUGGCGGGGGACAGUCCGCUGCCGGAAGCAGACGAGGCCACGAGGCUUCAGCUUCCGAGUCCUUCUGAGAGCCGCAUGCUGCUGGAUCUGUACUUCGAUGUCUGCAUAGCAACAUACAGGUUUCUGCAUCGACCUGCGGUUGAGCGGUGGCUUGUUGUAGUUGAGCACAACAUCAAGGAGGGUCUCCCAGUCUGGCAUGAGAUCGGUCGCCCGAGAGCGGCGAUUGUCCUCGUGGCUCUGGCUAUAGCUAUCUCUCACCAUGAAAAGUCUGAGACUAUAGGGGGCGUCGACCGAACAUCAAGUCUCGGAGAUGUCUUGUUCGGGGUCGCCGGGCGCUUGACGGAGAAUGAAACAGGGCACCCAAAGCUGGAGUCCGCACAGGCACGCUUGGUGCAGGUGAUUUAUCUCCUGAUAACGUCACGUUUCAAUAGAGCGUGGUAUGUGUUUGGGAACACGCUGCAGAUAAUUUCGGCCAUUGGACUUCACCGACGGGGGCAGUCGAAGCGACAAAAUGUGUCGGGAGACUACAUCCACUCCCAGUAUCGGAUGCGCACGUUUUGGACUGCAUAUAUACUGGAUAAUUAUCUGGGUGUGAUUCUUGGACGGCCGCGCCAUUUCCAUGACGAUGACAUUGAUCAAGAUUAUCCUGAUUGUGUCCAUGAUGAAGACAUGGGAUCGUCCGAGCCAUGCGAACCUCCGGAAGAAGACGAGGGUGAUUACCAUAUUGAGGCCUUGAUAUAUCAUGCCAAGAUUGCCCAAAUGAUUGGUUCAAUCUCCAGGGAAGUCUACACGAUUAAGCCAAUCCCGCACCAAGAGCGGAUCGACGCUGCAUACCGCCAUGUGCAAAGAAUUCACGAGUGGCGCGCUUCCCUACCUCUUCACCUUGGCUCUGUCCGGCCUUCGACGCUCAUCGUGUCGUUCCGACGCCAAGCGAUUGUCCUAAAACUUGCCUACUCCCACGCCAUAAUGCACGCCUCCCGCCUCUUCAUCCUCGGCGGAACAGACUCGAAUCCUAUCCAACAGCCCUAUGUUGAGGGCUGUAUAGCGGCCGCGAAAACCGUCCUGAAAUGCGUCGACCAGCUCGCCAAAGACGGACCAAUCUUCCACGCAUUCUGGUGGACGCAUUACGUGACCUUCUGCUCCCUCCUCGUUGUCUAUGUAUUUGAGAUACAGCAGCGGCGCCUGGGAAGGCCAAUCCUUGGGGCGACUGAUCCCCGGACAAACCUGCUCGAGCUGGCGGAGAAGUGCCAGCAGCAUCUGGCCCUAGCCACUGCGAGCAACUCGCCCAGUCGCCGGUACGCCGUCAUCCUCGAGGAGUUCCGCUCCGCAGCCACCAGCCAGCAGGCGAGGCUGGAAAUCGAUCCAGCGCUGCACAAUCCGAUUGAGACGGUGGAGUGUGGGACGGUCGAUGGACAGCUGGGUGCGCAGCCAACCCACCUCGAUGUGGUUGGGCCGGUUGGCGAGACGCCGAUGCUUGAUUUUGACCUUUUGGAUUCUUGGCAGACGACGGAUUGGCUGCAGCUUGAUUCUUCUGCGUUUUGGCCACAUCCUGAUUAUGACGAUGUGAGUGCUGGCUGGUCAGAUCUGGCAGGCUGGAGUUUAUGA